AUUCUAAAUGGACUAUCUUUACAUUAUUUAUUACUCACAGAUCUUCCCGAGCAAAAAGCUUCGCCUUGUGCAGGAACUCAUUAGCAGCCGCGACGCCAUUCUGCAGAAGAAAUACGAUGAGCACCUCGCGUCCUUUGACCCAACAAACAUCCGGGACAUCACAGAUACGCUGAUCGCCACCAUGAAGGAAUCCAAAGAUCAAAACGGAAAUGACGUAUUCUGCGCCGACCAUGUGGUUAUGGCAACUUGGGAUAUGUUUCUUGGAGGCUACGAAGCUACCUACAAGACGAUUAAGUGGGCCAUUGCAUUUCUAAUCCAUCACCCAGAGGUCCAAGCCAAAAUCCAGUCAGAAAUGGCAGCGGGUAUCGGAGACAGGAUGCCUACCUGGGAAGAUCGUGCCAAAUUGCCAUACCUUGAGGCCACAGUAUUGGAAACUCUUCGACAAAGCUCCAUGUCCUCCAUGAAUGGACCUAGACGGACAACGUGUGAUACACAUGUCAAGGGUUAUGACGUUCCUAAGGAUACCACGGUAUUCUGCAACCUCUGGUGGGUGCAUCACGAUCCAAAGAACUGGAAAGACCCGAGCAGUUUUAGACCAGAGCAUUUCCUAACAGACGAUGGCAAGGUUUCUGUCCCACGCACUUUCCUCGCCUUCUCCUUGGGUAGCCGAGCAUGCAUCGGUAGUCAACUCGCUCUUAUGCAGCUCAUACUUCUCCUCGGCGGUCUGUUACAAAGAUUUAACCUGCACCAAGCUGUCGGAGAGCCAAUGCCAGACCUAGAACCCGGCUCUGAGCUGGUCAGGACAGUAUGCGACUAUACCUUGAAUCUGGAGGUUCGGUAAAACCUGGUAAACCAUCCAAGAAACAAAGACAUUCACCCAAAGGAUUCGUAUUGGACUCGCCAUGUUGCCGUUCCGACCUGAGAGAAUAACUUGGUCGGUGGUAUUUGCAGUGGCACGGUAUCUUGAAAUGGAGCAUGUCUUAAAUUGCAAGAGAAACUAGAUUAUUUUCAUGAAAAUUAUUAUCGAUUUUAUGAGAUUUAUGUCAAAUUAUAUACCUCAUCAACGAUUGAGUAGCAACAUGCCAGGUCAAAGGUGAACAGAAAUGCAAUCAUUGUGCAUGCGCAGAUGGCGUCGUGAUCGUUUAUACGUAUCGUAUCGAUGUACCGUGUGCGAAAGGAGAAUGCUUUGUGUGAAGACUGCAUCAGGAUUCAAACCGGCUGGUGAUGUUUGUCGUGUUUCAAUGAAGA